AUGUUCCGCCGUCAUCAUCGCCCAACCACUACCACUACCCGAGAAACCAAGCCUACUCUCAUGACCCGUCUAAAGGGUCCCAACGCCCGUACCAAGACGGUCAAGACCAAGACUACAACCACCCGCCAGGAUCCUGUAACGACUACCCGACAUGCUCCACACACACACCGCACUACCAAGCGUCGCUGGGGUGCCUCCUCCCGCCCACAGCAUCAUCACAAGCGCAAAGUGACCAUGGGCGAUAAGGUGUCUGGAGCUAUGAUGAAGCUGAAGGGAAGCUUGACUCGCCGACCUGGACUUAAGGCUGCUGGUACACGACGCAUGCACGGAACCGACGGUCGUGGAAGCCACCACCAUGUAUAUUAG